AUGAAUUUAAUAAUUCCGCCAAUUUUCCAACCGUUGAUCCAAACGGUUGUUGCUCUAUCAGCCUAUGUACUUAUAGUCUUUCCUUUGAACAUCGCCUUUUUUAUCUUGGAUGUUGGCAAAUAUUUGAUUAAUUUACUUGAUAAUAAAUCAAGACAAGAAAUUCCAAUCCCAAAAGUAGUUCUUAUUACUGGUGCAAGCACUGGUAUUGGCGCUGCUUUUGCAGUUGAAUAUGCGGCACCUGGAGUGACUUUAGGUUUAUUGGGUAGAAAUGAAGUACGAUUAAAUGAAGUAGCAGAGCAUUGUAAAGAAAAAGGAGCAAAUUGUGUUUUAUUGAAAGUGGAUAUUUCAAACAUUGAAAAAUUGACAAAAAUUUUAGAAAACUUUGAUGAUUCUCAUCCAAUUGAAUUGCUGAUUUCAAAUGCAGCUCAAUUUGGUGCUACUAGAGAUAAUUUUGAUACUGUUUCAUGGGAAGAUGGAUGGAAACGAAUGAUCGAUGACAAUUACACCGGCAAUGUUGCUACUAUAAUGACAGUUUAUAAAAGAAUGAAAGGAAGAAGAUUUGGCUAA